AUGGACAUUCUUGAACAGGCUUCAAGGGAAAAUACCGUUGAAAUUCAGGGUAUACCAUUUGUGGAGAAAGAAAAUGUGAUGGAAAUGGUUGAAAAGGUGUCUAUGGCUAUCAGUUUCCCCUUUGAUCAAAAUAUGGUUGACAAAUGUUAUCGAAUAAAAACGAGAUUUGGAGCAUCUGAAAACCCAGGGAGUAUAGUAGUUCGCUUUGUGCGAAAUAUUGAUAUGCAAAUGUUUAUACAAAAAAGAAGAGAUAAGAGGAACUUGAACACCAGGGACAUUGGCUUUCUACUGGGAAAUUCUUCUGUGAUUUAUAUCAACCACAGUCUGACGCCGGCUAAGAGGAGGUUGCUGCGAGCUGCGCGGCUGUGUCGCAGUGAGAAACAGUACACUUUCGUAUGGGUCAGCGGAGGACGCAUAUUCCUACGUAAAAAUCAAGGAGAUCCGGCAAUUGAGGUGAAGCGAGAAGAGGACCUUGAAAAGUUGAAAUGA